GGCACCUAACUUUUAUCAUUGUAGGUUGCUGGGAUUCGUUUUAUGUGGGAAAAUAUUAUUCAAUCUAUCAGGAAAGUCAAGUCUGGAGAUAAAGGCCUUGGUUGCAUCCUAGCUCAUACUAUGGGUCUAGGCAAAACAUUUCAGGUGAUUUCUUUCUUGUAUGCCGCUAUGAGAAGUGUGGAUUUAGGAUUGAGAACUGCUCUCAUAGUCACGCCUGUAAGUGUUCUGCAUAACUGGCGGCAGGAAUUUAUAAAAUGGAGACCAUCAGAAUUGAAGCCUCUCCGUGUCUUUAUGCUUGAAGAUGUUCCAAGGGAGAGAAGGGCCGAGUUACUAAAAAAAUGGACAUUAAAAGGUGGUGUAUUCUUAAUUGGCUAUACUGCUUUCAGAAAUUUGUCAUUUGGGAAGCAUAUAAAGGAUCGUCACGUGGCCAGAGAAAUUUGUCAAGUCCUUCAGGAUGGGCCUGAUAUACUUGUUUGUGAUGAGGCUCAUAUUAUCAAGAAUACCAGAGCUGAUGUAACUCAAGCCUUGAAACAAGUCAAGUGCCAGAGAAGGAUUGCAUUAACUGGAUCUCCUCUUCAAAACAAUUUGAUGGAGUACUACUGUAUGGUUGAUUUUGUAAGAGAAGGAUUUCUUGGCAGCAGUCAUGAAUUUAGAAACCGCUUUCAGAAUCCGAUAGAAAAUGGUCAACACACCAAUUCUACAGCUGAUGAUGUUAAAAUUAUGAAUCAGCGAUCUCAUAUUCUCUAUGAGCAAUUAAAAGGAUUUGUUCAAAGAAUGGACAUGAAUGUCGUAAAGAUGGAUUUGCCGCCAAAAACUGUGUUUGUGAUGUCUGUAAAGCUUUCUCCUCUACAGCGAAAAUUGUAUAAAAGAUUUCUAGAUGUUCAUGGCUUCACAAAAGACAAGGUCUCUGGUGAGAAGAUAAUGAAAAGAUCCUUUUUUGCCGGGUAUCAAGCCUUGGCUCAGAUAUGGAACCAUCCUGGGAUUUUGCAACUGAUGCGAGAAAACAGAGCCUGUAGUAAGCCUGAGGAUGCUGUUGAGAAUUUUCUUGCUGAUGAUUGCUCAAGUGAUGAGAACACAGAUUAUAAUACUGUUCCUGGAGAGAAGCUGAAUAGCAACAGUGAAGCUCUCAGGAAAAAUCAUAAUGGCUUCCUUCAUGGGGAUUGGUGGAGCGAUCUUCUAGAAAAUAAUUGCAAAGAAGUUGAUUAUAGCGGCAAAAUGGUUCUGCUACUCGACAUCCUGACAAUGAGCUCCAAUGUUGGUGACAAAGCACUUGUGUUUAGUCAGAGCUUGUUAACUUUGGAUCUCAUUGAACUAUAUCUUUCAAAACUAUCGCGCCCAGGGAAAAAGGGGAAGUACUGGAAGCGACGGAAAGACUGGUACAGGAUUGAUGGAAGAACAGAAUCAUCUGAAAGGCAGAGACUUGUUGAUAGUUUUAACGACCCAUUAAAUAGAAGGGUUAAAUGCGUUUUAAUAUCUACUAGAGCUGGAUCUCUGGGUAUCAACCUUUAUGCUGCUAACCGUGUAAUUAUAGUUGAUGGCUCUUGGAAUCCAACUCAUGAUCUUCAAGCUAUAUAUCGAGCUUGGAGGUAUGGUCAAACAAAACCUGUUUUUGCUUAUCGUUUACUGGCACAUGGAACGAUGGAGGAGAAGAUAUACAAGCGUCAGGUAACAAAGGAAGGUCUUGCAGCACGGGUGGUCGACAGACAACAAGUACAUAGAACUAUAUCCAAAGAGGAAAUGUUGCAUCUUUUUGAAUUCGGAGAUGAUGAAAGCUCUGAUAUACCUCUGGAGUUGAAGCAAGCAAGAGAACAUGCUGGUGAAGCAAACACAACUGUAGAUGUUGGAAGUGUUUCGAAACAAAAGUUAACCUUUCCAAAUGGAAGCUCUACUUCUGACAAGCUAAUGCAAAGUUUGAUUGACAGCCAUCAUCCACGUUGGAUUGCAAAUUAUCAUUUGCACGAGAGUCUCUUGCAAGAGAACGAGGACGAAAAGCUAUCAAAAGAAGAGCAGGAAAUGGCGUGGGAAGUGUACCGGAGAUCUAUUGAAUGGGAAGAGAGGCGAAUUUCUCCUGAUGAACCCGUAGCUGAGCGUCAGCAUGUCUCUACUUCUGAAUCAUUGCCAAAGCAAAAGCCAGUGGUUUCCACCGCCACCCUUUUGCCGCCAGAGGACAGUAAUCUUGUAUUUUCAAUGGGGAGUUCAAGAUGCCGUUUGGUACCAAGGAAGUGCACAAACUUGUCACAUUUGCUUACACUUAGAAGUCAAGGAACCAAAUGGGGUUGUAGCACUGUUUGUGGGGAAUGUGCUCAGGAGAUAAGUUGGGAGGGCCUUAACAACAGGGAUGGCAGAUCAGCAAAGUGAUGCUGUCUAUGUAUUUAUACUAAUUAUCUUCUUUUUGUUUCCAACUUUUGUUGCAAUUCAAUAUAAGUUUUAGGGGUGAAUAGCAUUCUGUUUCAUGUUUCAGCCAUAGUUGGAUAAACAAUACUCCUUUUUGGAUAGGGUAGUAGAAGAUUUGCCUUUUGUAAAGUUAAAAUGUUGUCAUCAAUUGUAUUUUGAUUACAGAGAGGAGAAAUGUCUCUUUUGUCCAAACUUGUUGUAGAGCUUCUUGUUUUGCAAAGAAGAAAAACCCUCUUUUUCUGCUAC